AUGCAGAUAAUGCUACGCAGACUAUAUUCUAGUACGGCAAAGGUUGCUAGAAACGGUCCUUUUAGGAGGCUGCGGCAAAGAGGUGAUGGCAUUCAAGGUGCAAGAACCGCACUGGCGUCUGAUAUCCUUGGAAGUCAAGUGGAGACAACCUUCAUCCAACCACAUCAUCCGGUAGCGACAACUAUUUUGAAUGAGCCAACAAUUGUCAUUGAGAGGCAGCUAGAAAUGAUGAACGUUUUCUUAGGGUUCGAACAGGCAAAUAAGUACGCCAUAAUGGAUGUUUUGGGGAACAGGAUUGGUUAUAUGCAAGAAAGAGACUUUUCAAUAGGCAAGGCCAUAUUGCGUCAAAUUUACAAACUGCACAGACCCUUUACGGUUGAUGUCUUCGACAAUUGGGGUAAUGUUAUUAUGACUAUCAGAAGACCUUUCUCAUGGAUUAACUCACAUAUUAAAGCGUUUUUGCCACCUAUUACGACAGUAGAGCAGGAUUAUGUCAAACAAUCGUCUACGCUCGAAAAAGAGGUACAUUCGUCGUCACCUUUUGGUAAUGUACCUCAGCCUCAAUACAUCGAUGAUUCACAGGGCGAAGGAAUACUCGUUGGUGAGUCUAUUCAAAAUUGGCAUCUGUGGAGGCGUCGUUAUGAACUUUUCCAAAGGGACCUCGGUUCAGAGGGGUCCUUUUCAGAGUAUGGGCAAAUCGAUGCACCUUUCCUAUCGUUCGAAUUUCCGGUGAUGGACGCAAAUGGUAAGAUAAUGGCAGGUGUUGACAGAAAUUGGGUUGGGCUAGGCAGAGAGUUUUUUACUGAUACAGGUGUCUACGUCAUCCGAUUCGACUCCAAGCAAAGCUUUGAAAAUGUUUACCCACCAGAUUUGCUAAGCGAUUCCGUUUUGGAUUUAGAUCAAAGGGCAGUCUUGCUAGCUAAUGCUGUAUCCAUCGAUUACGACUAUUUCUCCAGGCACUCAAGACAUAGCGGUGGACUACUUUCCUUUGGAAGCUAUGACGAAUAG